CAACAACAUUCUUGUUCAAAAAUUAAUUAAUAAAACUAAUAAAUAAAUCAAACACAAAGAGGAAAGAGGGUCGAUCAACAAACCACAAACUUGAAUUUUCUAUUUUCAAUGAUUCUUUCUUUGCCUCUGUACCCCUUCCUCUUUGUUUAUCACUUUCGUUCUUCAUCCUUGCAACAUGUUACGUACAUUUCUGCACGGGUAGUAUUCAACAAGUGUCAUAGGACGCAAGAAGUUGAGUUUUUGUGAUCGAAAGGGUGUUAGGAUUUCUGGGUGUCUUUUCGUUUAAAAGAUAUGGCGGGAACUGGUGACAAAUUAGAGCUCUCUGUGGCGGCAAUGGUUGAAGAUGUUCUUCUGGAGCAUGGGAAGGAAUUAUGUGCAGUCAAUGCAUCCAGGAAUGAUGCAAAAGCAAAAGCUGCAACAAAAAGAAAUGAAGCAACACGAUGGCUAAGAAAGAUGGUAGGUGUGGUGGCUGCAAAAGAUUUGCCUUCUGAGCCUUCAGAAGAAGAUUUUAGGAUGGGGUUAAGAAGUGGGAUUAUCCUUUGCACUGUGCUUAACAAGAUUGAACCUGGUGCUAUUCCUAAAAUCGUGGAAGCUCCCUUCGAUUCUGUUAUUGUACCUGAUGGAGAACCUCUAUCUGAAUGCUUAUACUUUGACAAUAUCACAAAUUUUCUUGAGGCCAUAGAAGAAAGGGGACUUCCAUCUUUUGAAGUCGAUGAUUUAGAACAGUGGGGAAGGUUACCAAAAGUCGUGAACUGUGUACUAGCCCUGAAUUCAUACAGCAACUGGAAAAAAGAAGGUGGAAACGGGUCAUUUAGGUAUGAUGGGAAUCCAAAAGCCUCUUCAAAAAGGAAGCAAAUUGUUCGUAAGUCAUUGGAUAUGGAUAAAUGUGAUCUUUGGAAAGAUGUUAAAGAUAAGCCACUUCACAUGCGUAUUCGUGAUCUUCUUUCGGAUAAGAAGCCAGAAGAUAUUCCUGUGGUUGUUGAAAUUGUGUUACGUAAACUCAUAGAGGAGUUUGAAAAACGAUUGGAGAGCCACAAAGAAAAGAUGCGUCAAAAUGCUAUUGCCAAAGAAAAGAGUGAGGCUCUUGCUAGAGCUCGUAAUGAGGAGAUAAAGGCAUCCCCUAGGGAUAGAAAUAAGGAGAUGGAAUUGAAAAUGAGAUCAAAGUUGAAGAAAGAGGAAUUCGUAAAGCCAAUCACAAUGCUAAAUAAUGACAAGGAAGAAAAUGCGAGCUCGGAAAACAAGACAAAUGAAGAAACAAAGUCUUUUAGUGAAAUAAUUAAGGAGAUGAGAAGGAAAGCAGCUGCAAAUGAUAUAAGUAACGAGAUGGAAAAGAAAACACCCACAUUUGCCAAGAAGUUUCCUAGUGAUAUAAAUAACGAGACGCCAAAGAAAGCAGCUACAAGUGAUGGGAUAGAAAAGAUAGCAAGCAUAUUUGCCAAGAAGUUCCCUAUUGAUAUAAAUAACGAGACGCCAAAGAAAGCAACCACGGAUACCACUAGUAAUAUAAAUAAUGCCACAGAAGCCAAGAAGUCCAUUAGUGAUAUUUUUAACCAGAUGGAAAAGAAAUCAACCACAGAAGCCAAGAAGUCCAUUGGUGAUAUUUUUAACCAGGCGGAAAAGAAACCAACCACAGAAGCCAAGAAGUCCAUUAGUGAUGCGGAAAAGAAACCAACCACAGAAGCCAAGAAGCCCACUAGUGAUGUUUUUAACCAGGCGGAAAAGAAGCCAACCACAGAAGCCAAGAAGCCCAUUAGUGAUGUUUCUAACCAGGUGGAAAAGAAACCAAUUACAGAAGCCAAGAAACCCAUUAGUGAUGUUCUCAACCAGGCGGAAAAGAAACCAGCCACAGAAGCCAAGAAGGCCGUUAGUGAUGUUCCUAACCAGGUGGAAAAGAAACCAACCACAGAAGCCAAGAAGGCCGUUAGUGAUGUUUCUAAUCAGGUGGAAAAGAAACCAACCAUAGAAGCCAAAAAGUCCGUUAGUGAUGUAAAUAGCGAGACGGAAAAGAAACCAACCACAGAAGCCAAGAAGGCCGUUAGUGAUGUUUCUAACCAGGUGGAAAAGAAAGCAACCCCAGAUGUCAAGAAGUCCACCGGUGAUGUCAAGAACGAGAUGGACAAGAAGGCAAGCACAGAUGGCAACAAAAGUAACGAUAUGGAACAAAAAGCUACCACAGAUAUCAAGAUGUCCGCUAUUGAUAUAAAUUUUGAGAUGGAAGAGGAAGAAAGCACAGAUACGGAGUCCCCUGUUGAGGAUAUAAACGACGAGAUGGAAGAGGAAGAAACAUCAGAUGUCGAGACUUCCGCUGAUGAUGAUGUAAGUGAGGAGGUUAGGGAACAGAGAAAAAAAGAGGCGGAGCAGAGAAAAAAGUUGGCGGAGCAGAGAAAAAAAGAGAUGGAACAGAAAGAAAAAGAGAUGGAAGAGAAGAAAGAGAUGGAAAGGAUGAAAGAAGAGUUAGAAAUGGAGGAAGAGAUGGAAAGGAAGAGAGAGAUAGAAAGGAAGAGAGAGAUGGAGGAAAGGAAGAGAGAGAUGGAACGUAAAGCAGCUGAAGAUGCCAAGGAAGAGGAAUACUACAACUGGGUCCAUGUUGAAUGCGGGAGAUUAAGUGCCAGUGCUAUAAAGCAGCAAAAGCUGGUUGAACACCAAUAUAAACAGCUACAAGUACUGAAGAACAUCUUUUCUGCUGCAAAAGCAGAUUUGGAAUUAAUGCGAACGAAGCAUCACCAGGAGUUCGACGAUAUAGGGAAGCACUUGCGUAAUUUGGCUCAACAAGCAUCGGGUUACAAAAAAGUUGUAGACGAAAACCGAAAGCUAUAUAAUCUAGUGCAGGACCUCAAAGGAAAUAUCAGGGUCUACUGCAGAUCGAGACCAUUUUUAACUACCACUACUAAAAAGAGCGCUGUGGAUUGCAUCGAUGAGACGAAUGUGGCGGUUAUCACGAUCGGGAAAGGUGGAAAAGAGACUCGGAAAGUGUACACUUUUAAUAGAGUUUUUAGUCUAACUGCAACUCAAGCCGAAGUAUACAAAGACACCCAACCGCUGAUCCGCUCUGUCCUUGAUGGAUACAACAUUUGCAUAUUUGCAUAUGGUCAAACGGGAUCAGGGAAAACUUUCACAAUGACUGGACCUGAAAACCUUACACCAGAAACCAUGGGUGUAAACUACAGGGCAUUGAAUGAUCUGUUUGAAAUCCAACAGCAGCGGAAGGAGAUGAUUACCUAUCUAGUUCGGGUCCAAAUGCUCGAAAUUUACAACGAAACAGUCAGGGAUCUCCUUUCGCCAAACGGAACUACCAAGAAAUUAGACAUUCGACUUGGUGCACAAGAUGGUAUAAAUGUACCAGAUGCAGAGCUUAUCCCAGUUUCAACAACAGAAGAUGUUAUACAUUUAAUGACCCUUGGACACAAAAAUCGCGCUGUGGGUUCUACUGCAAUGAAUGAUCGUAGUAGUCGCUCUCACAGUUGCGUUACGGUUCACGUUAGCGGAAAGGACUUGACAUCCGGUUCAACUGUUAGAGGCUGUAUGCAUUUGGUUGAUCUUGCAGGAAGUGAAAGAGCUGACAAGACAGAGGCUACAGGUGAUAGAUUAAAGGAGGCAACACAUAUUAAUAAGUCACUUUCAGCUUUAGGAGACGUUAUAGCCUCUCUUUCCCAAAAGAAUGCACAUGUUCCUUAUAGGAACAGUAAACUCACUCUGUUGCUCCAAGAUGCUCUUGGUGGGCAAGCCAAGACCCUGAUGUUUAUUCAUGUAAGUCCUGAUCCCGAUACAGUUGGAGAAACAAUCAGCACACUGAAAUUUGCUGAAAGGGUGUCUACCGUUGAGCUUGGGGCUGCUAAAUCCAACAAAGAUAUCAUAGAUCUGAAGGAGUUGAAAGAUCAGGUUGCUGCUCUUAAGGCAGCCUUAGCCAAGGAGGGAGGGGAUAUUAAUAUUAGUAAUGUAGAGGAGAAUGUGGCUGAUGAAGACGAAGAGGAAGAUCCUGGCACGGCAUCGAAAGCCAAGAAAGCUGGUCCUGCGCAAGCAAAGGGCCCAAGCAGUGCUCCUGCUGCCAAGAGUAGUCCAGCACCAGCAGCAAAAUCGGGAAAACCCGCGGCGGCUCCGAAGAAAGCUGCUCCUGAUGCUAAGAAAAAAGGUGGGAAGUAA